UGUGACAUACAUUUCCCGUGUAAAGUGAAGACAGAUGAAAUGUUUUGGAAAUGCCCAUGAUUCAUUUUCAAUCAUUUUUGUGGCUUUUAAAAUCCGGAAGGAGUGUAGCAAACAGAACUCUUACGUAUUCUCGUACAACAACAACAUGGCUGGAUGGUGAUAGAUAGAAUACCGUCGUUGUCAACAACAGGACAAAUAGGACGAAACGUUUUAGAUAUUUACUUUAAGGCUUGAUAGUUGUAACAAGUUGUUUCACGUCUGUUUUUCCGCUAGAAUGUUCACUUUCGCGAAAGCUAAGCUAGCAGUGCUCGGGAUAGGACGGCGGUGUGUUGCACUGAGGGCGUUCAGCGGAGCGCGUAGAGGAUUCGCGUCCUCCGAGCGCCAUGAGGAAUCCAGCACUUCUGAAAACCAGCUCUUUGACAUUAUAAUAUCCGGCGGGGGGAUGGUGGGCACCGCUAUGGCAUGUUCGUUGGGUCUAGAUCCAAAUUUGGCAGGGAAGAAGAUUCUUCUGCUUGAAGCUGGUCACAAAAAAGAGAUGGACAGGGUUCCGGAGACCUACAGUACACGGGUCAGCUCCAUCAGCCCAGGCUCAGCAACACUUCUAAGUGGUCUUGGUGCUUGGGAACAUAUUGCAAAUAUGAGAUGUAAGCCGUAUAAUAAAAUGCAGGUUUGGGAUGCUUGUUCAGAUGCUCUGAUUACAUUUGAUAAAGACAAUCUGCAGGACGAGAUGGCAUACAUCGUUGAGAACGACGUCAUUGUGGCCGCCCUCACCAAACAGCUGCAGACUCUCUCUGACCAUGUUAAAGUGCAGUACCGAACAAAAGUGGUGAAGUACACCUGGCCCCGUCCUUACCAUGUCUCUGAGUCCAUCCCUUGGGUUCAGGUGACUCUAGCCAAUGGAAAGACUCUCCAAACCAAGCUGUUGAUUGGUGCUGAUGGACCGAACUCAAUGGUGCGGAGAGAGGCUGGCAUCCCCACAGUCAAAUGGAAUUACGAUCAGUCAGCGGUCGUCGCUGUUCUGCAUUUGUCUGAGCCCACCGUAAAUAACGUAGCCUGGCAGAGGUUCCUACAAACCGGGCCCAUUGCAAUGCUUCCUGUGAGCCAGCUCUAUAACGAGAUUCUUGCAUACCUCAUUCUUCUGGUGCCAUUUCCACUGUUGUUCACUUCUCUGUUUCUCUCUCUCCAGUGGAGUAAUGAGAACCAUUCUGAGAUGGUGGAGACUGCUGGCUCUCUGUUCCGGACGGCUCUUUCUGUCCUGAUGCCUGACAGCGGCUCUGCACGUCAGAUUCCACCUAGCGUUGCAGAUAUUGGCCCAAAGAGCCGGGUCAUGUUCCCACUAGGUAUGGGUCAUGCCACAGAAUACAUCCGCCACAGAGUGGCCAUCAUUGGAGAUGCUGCACACAGAGUCCAUCCUUUAGCAGGCCAAGGUGCCAAUCUAGGCUUUGGCGAUGUGGCCUAUCUCACGAAAGUUCUCAGCCAAGCAGCAUUUAAUGGAAAAGACCUUGGAGCCAUGCAGCACUUGUUGGAGUUUGAGACUGAACGUCAGCGACACAAUCUUCCUAUGAUGGCAGCCAUUGACCUCAUGAAGAGAUUGUACUCCACUAACGCCGCACCUAUGGUUUUACUGAGAACCUUCGGCCUGCAGGCUACCAACGCACUGCCUCCACUUAAAGAGCAGAUCAUGGCCUACGCCAGCAAGUAAAACACUAGCUGCAAACUGGAUGUUUGCUGAAUCUCUACUGAUUUUGUUCAUGGAAUGUAUAAGUGUAAAUUAAUAAAUUAUAUUUUAUUCCUCUAUCUUUGUUGGAAAACAUUUUAUGCCAUCUUUUCCAAUCACCUAUAUGAAAAUGUAAUCUAAAAUAAAUAUAA